UAUCUUGGCUUAGCUGCGUUGAGCAGCGCAUUUUACGCCAGUCUUGUUCUGUUGUGUGGUCGCUAAUAAGUAUUAUUCAUCGCAACCAGAGUUUGUCUGCUCGAAUAUUAACUCUUACAAUGUGGUAACAGAGUUAUUAAGUGGAUUAUUUUUUGGGAGAAGUAAUUUGUUAUUGUGAGCAAUUAAUUUUACAAAUAAAGGUUAUUGAGACUGAUUAUGAGAUAACAAUUUUAAUAAACAUUCCUAAUGGGUUUAUGUUGAUAUCUUUUAGAUUGUUGAGCAACAGCAGACAAGCGGCAUCUGGACACCCAGCUUUCUGUGGAGCUGAUUAUGUUGAGAGACAAACGCAGCACGAUGAAUCGUCGGGGUACUGGGUACCGUCAUCGUGUAUGCCAAUGGCCAGUUUCGCAGCUGACAGGAAAAUGUCACAAAAUGGUCAUUCCACCCAAGUCUUCUGAUAAGAAGUUUGCUCUUCUUGUGGGAGAUUCCCAUCUACGAGCCAUAGCUGAUGGUUUUGUGAAGAUGCCAGAGGGAGAUCUGUACUUUGGCAUUAUGUCUACUCCGGGUGCUACUGCGAUGGAAGAGAAGAUGGAGCUUGCUAACGUGAAGUUGCCCCAAGUGCCUGAUGUGGUGUGUGUCCUUGCUCCCAGCAACGAUCUGACACAGACCAAGAGUCAUGAAAGAGCUGGUGUUGGAUUCAGGAAACUGUUGGCUGUUGCGCUUAGUCAGUGCUCCAAUGUUGUAGUUGUGGAUUUUCCUCCACGUUACAACAUGGAGAUGUAUCCUCAGGAGAUGCUGCGUCAGGAGUACAGACGUGUUGCUGCUGAAGUGGGAGUAAAGUAUCUGUCUGCAGUGGAGCAUUUCUCCUUGGAUAAAUCUGAACUGUGGGCCCAAGAUGGUGUUCAUUUGUCUGACACUGAUGGAAUGCCUAUCCUCGUUCAACUGCUGUGGAAGGCGUCAUAUACGGCAACACGUGACGUGGUUCAAGUCCCUCGGCCUGUGACUGUUCCUGUUAGAUCAGCAUUGAAGUGUGUUCCUGCUACAGUAGCACCUGAAAAAAGUUCUGCCAUUGUGAGGGGAGUUGAGGUUACACCACCUCCUGCAGUGAACCUUGAUGAGUGGACAGUGGUUGGCUCAAAGCGGCGCGCAAUGGGAUCAAGUUCAUCUCAUGUACCUCCCAAGAGAGAAAGUCUUCACCAGCAGCCUGUGGUGAGAGACUGCUUCAUCCCACUAAACCCUGUCCGGUUCAGCCAUGCCCUACUUGAGGAGAUGGACAAACUUACUCCAUCAGCUCUACAGCAACCAGAUGUGACGGCUGUUCCAAGACGCAACCCGUUGCUGUGUAAGAAGCAGAGGUCCAUGGUGGCUGAGGUCAAGCGGAGACCCAAUCAACGACAGAGGGGCGCAUCCAGUGCUGUUGUGAAGUCACCUGGAAUGAGUAGUGUGAAGGUGCAGUUUGUUGACAAUGAUCGCUCGCAAGGAGGCAACAAAGGUAAGUGUGUUGAGGAACAUCGCUUGCAAGGAGGCAACAAAGGUAAGACUAAGUCUCUUUCUGUUAGGGUUCGUGAUAUUAAGAGGUCAGUUCGUGGGAGUUUCCACCAAGGAGACGCUCGGUUUGAAUUUAGAGGUGUUCAGUGUAUGGCUAUUAGUCUAGUAGCUGUCGCUAAACAUACCACCCACAGUGUGUUUUCAUGGCAGUCAGCUGACCUUGAUCGGGUUGUAACAUUGGGUGAUGAGUUGUAUUCUUCUCUGAGAAAGAAUAAUAAGAUCAGUGGAGGAUCUGAGCUUCUUUGUGUUCCAGAUUUACCCAAGCAGCAAGUUAUUGAUGGCGAGAGUUUUGACUUUGAAUAUGGUGAUUUUGUAACUGGUGAUGUAAAUGUGGUUAGUGGAGACCUUGUUGUGGCAGGAGUGUUGACUCCUUUAAAGGAUGGUUUGGCACAGAUUUGUGGAAAGUAUGACACUUGCUUUCUGACAUUGAAUUGCAAUACUUGUGCAAUAAUUAAGGAGAAUGGAAUGUACGCUGUGGUAGAUUCUCAUUCUCGUAAUACAAAUGGGAUGGUUGAUGUAAAUGGAUUCAGUGUUGUUGUGGUGUACUGGUGCCUUGAUCUUGUGUUUGACCAUUUUGUCAAGUUAGCAAAUAUGAUGAACCUAACACAGAACUUUUUUGAGAUUGCAGGUGUACGCGUUAUUCCCACUGCUCCCGCCGUCAACUCCACAUUGCUCUUUGGCUCUACUGUUACACAGACUGAGCAAGUAAUAUUUCCCAGCAAUGAUCUUCCAGAUGUUUUUAUCAGUAAUGUAACAGAAAAAGAACUACAAUUUGUCCCUCUAAGGGAAAAUGUAGCACAAGUGCUGUGUACACGGUUAAAUAUUGAAUUACAAAAGGUUGAUUCAAAAUCUACCCAAGUUGGCCAUUUAGGUAAACCUUGUAAAAAUGAGAAAGUAGUUGGUGAUGGGAAUUGUUUCUUCAGAGCAGUCAGUCAGGCCGUCAGCGGUACGCAAAACUAUCAUAGAAAGAUUAGACUUGCAGUAGUGAAGCAGAUAGAAAAAAAUGCAAUCUUGUAUCAGGGUCUUCUGAGAAGUGAGUAUUCCUCUGUGGCUGAAUACUUGAGCAAUUCAAAAAUGGGUUAUGUUGGUAGUUGGGCUACAGAAAUUGAGAUUCAAGCAGCUGCCGAUUAUUUAGAAAUGAGUAUAUUUACAUAUCAUCAGGAUCGCUGGAUUGAAUAUACUUGUAGUGCAAUGCAGUUUUCCAAUCAGGCACUGUAUUUAGAAAAUGUAAAUGCCAACCAUUAUGAAAAUGUAGUAUGCGUUCAUCUGCCACAAAGUCACAAAUGUUAUGGCUAUUGUGAAGUAUACACAACUCCAUCAGUCUACAAUAUCAGACGACAGACUAAAAAAGACAGCAAUGUGAUUGAUUCAAAUCGUGUGACUUCAAAUGUAAGUAGUAUAGUAGAUGCUGAUGUGGACACACAAGUGCAAAGACCUGGUAUUUGUGUCUCUAAUUAUUUGAAAAACAAGUAUAACAGGCAUAAAAGAAUUAAAUAUCAGGAAGAUUCAUCCUAUAGGAAUGUACGUAGUAAAUUGAAUAAAAUGGCCUAUAUUUCACAGCAAGACGGUGUACAAAGCAAGAAUAAGAAGAAAUACCAUGAAGAUAGAAUUUAUCAAGAAAAACAAAAAAAAAGAGGUAUCCAAAAAUAUAAGGACGAUGCUUUGUUUAAACAACAUUUAAAAGCACGCGGUAUCCAAAAAUAUAAGGACGAUGCUUUGUAUAAAGAACAUUUAAAAUCACGCGGUAUCCAAAAAUAUAAGAACGAUGCUUUGUAUAAAGAACAUUUAAAAUCACGUGGUAUCCAAAAAUAUAAGAACGAUGCUUUGUAUAAAGAACAUUUAAAAUCACGUGGUAUCCAAAAAUAUAAGAACGAUGCUUUGUAUAAAGAACAUUUAAAAUCACGUGGUAUCCAAAAAUAUAAGGACGAUGCUUUGUAUAAAGAACAUUUAAAAUCACGUAGUAUCCAAAAAUAUAAGGACGAUGCUUUGUUUAAACAAUAUUUAAAAGCACGCGGUAUCCAAAAAUAUAAGGACGAUGCUUUGUAUAAACAACAUUUAAAAGCACGUGGUAUCCAAAAAUAUAAGGACAAUGCUUUGUAUAAACAAAAUUUAAAAGCACGCGGUAUCCAAAAAUAUAAGGACAAUGCUUUGUAUAAACAGAAUAUUAGGGCUUACAGCAAAGCUAAGUACAGUGCCAAUUUGGAGCAUCGCAACCGUGUUAGAAAAUCAAACAGGUUGAAAAAGCAAGAAAUUAAAGAAAAGUCUGAACAGUUUGAUUUUGUCAUGAAACAAUUUCUUGAUAAAGUCAAGCACGGUCCAGAUUUUGUUUGCUGUGUUUGUCAUAGGUUGUUGUUUAAAAAUCAAGUUUUAGGGUGCAAAAUAGAUGAUUACAAAACCAAAGCUAUAGCUUCAGUAGCAUUAAAGUGCAUCACUGAGGACUAUUUACACCAAUGUAGUGGAAAGUGUGAUUUGCCCUGUCAGUAUACAGAUACAGCCAGAGGUCAACUUUGGAUUUGUUAUUGUUGUCAUUGUAAAAUUAAUAAAGGUGAGGUUCCCCCUGAGAGUAGAAUUAAUAAUCUUGAACUUGAGCCUAUUCCAGCAGAAUUGGCUUGUUUAAAUAGUUUAGAACAGCAUUUGAUUGCUUUACAUAUUCCAUUCAUGAAGAUGUUAGCAUUGCCUAAAGGUGGGCAAAAUGGAGUUCAUGGUCCUGUUACUUGUGUUCCUGCUAACAUCGUGCAGACUGAUAAUUUACUUCCUCGUAAUGAAAUGGAUGGUUCUUUAAUUGGAGUUAAAUUGAAACGUAAACUAACAUAUAAAGGACAUUAUGAAUAUCAAUUUGUUGAUAGUGUGCGAAUUAGGCAGGCAUUGCAAUAUCUUAAACUAAAUAAUAAGCAUUACAAAGAUAUAGAAUUUAAUAAUGCAUGGCUGAAUACCUUUUGUAAGGGAACUGAAGUGGAAACUACAGGGAAUGAAAAUGAUGGCCAUGUAAAAAGUCUAGAAGCAUCUCCAGAUUUGGCUGAAGAUGAACUGCUGCAUGACAGGCAACAACACUGUAUGUUUCAAGACACAUGUCUUAUGCCAGUGGACAUUGGUCAGGAAGUGUUGGACCAGUAUGUUGAUAAUGUAUUAAAUGUAGCUCCAGCUGAGGGAAACAAUCCAGUCAAAUUGCUUUCAGAUAUGACUAAUGAAGCAAAGUGCUUUCCAGUAUUGUUUCCUCAAGGAAUUAACACAUUUCAUGAACGAAGGCAGCACAAAUUAACAUUGGCACGUUAUUUUAACAACAGAAUUUUACAUGCUGAUGGUAGAUUUGCCCGUAAUGUAGAAUACAUAUUUUAUGCUCAGUACAUGUCAGAGUUACAACAAGUUAUUUCAAAUGUGUCAAUAGCAUUAAGAAAAGGGAAGGGUAGGCAAUGUUUCCAACAAGUCGAUGUUAACAUUUUAAAUGAUGAUGCAUUUUUUAAAAAUCUGUUGGAGUUUGACAAUGGGUAUCGUUUUCUUAAACCUAUUAGAGGGACUCCAGCAUUCUGGCAGGCAGCACAGAGUGAUUUGUUGGCUUGUGUUCGACAGCUCGGCGUUCCUACUUGGUUUUGUUCAUUUUCCUCUGCUGAUAUGCGUUGGAAAAAUCUUCUGUGUAGCAUUUUAAUGCAGGAAGGUCGAACAGAAACAUUGGAACAGUUAGAAUGGGCUGACAGGUGUGAACUUUUGCGUCACAAUCCUGUCACAGCCGCAAGAAUGUUUGAUUUUCGUUGGCAUUGUUUCUUAAGGGAGGUUCUCAUGUCUCCUGCAGAACCUAUUGGUAAAAUUAAAGACUACUUUUACCGCAUUGAAUUUCAACAGCGUGGUUCUCCUCAUGUUCAUUGUUUGUUCUGGAUAGAAAAUGCCCCAGUGAUUAAUAAAAACAGUGAUGAAGAGGUUGUUGCAUUUAUUGACAAGUAUGUCACUUGUGAGCUGCCAACACAAGACAAAGAGUUACUUGACAUUGUGACAAAUGUACAGCAACAUUCAAAACGACAUUCAAAAACUUGUCAAAAGAAAAACAAAGUUUGUCGUUUUAAUUUUCCCAGACCACCAUCAUGCAGAACAUUUAUAUGCCAUGAGAAAAGUGUAGAAAAUCUGGAGACGUGCAUGUGUCAUGCUGAAAACGCAGAUGACAAGACUCCCUGUGAUUGUAAAAAAGACAAAGUUUCCAAAGAGCAAGCAGCAACAAUCCUGGCUUCAGUCAAAAAAGCUCUUUCUGAUGAAACCAAAAUCUUUGAGAGUCUGGAGCAUUUGUUUCAGAGUGUAAAUGUCAGUCAGGAAGUUUUUGAAGAGGCCUAUAAAUCCUGUGCUCGAGGCACACAAAUAGUAAUGAAAAGAGAGAUUAAUGAAGUUUGGAUCAAUCAGUACAGUAAGCCACUUUUAAAGUGCUGGAAUGCUAACAUGGACAUCCAGUUUGUUGCAGAUGCAUAUGCAUGCGUGGUGUACAUUAUUUCUUAUAUCUCAAAAGCAGAGAGAGAAAUAGGACUGUUGUUGGGGAAUGCACAAAGAGAAGCAGCUGGAGGAAAUGUGAGUGCAAAAGAAGCCUUAAAGAACCUUGGCAGUGUUUACCUGCACAACAGAGAUGUGUGCGCUCAGGAGGCUGUAUACAGGUUGACACCAAAUUUACAUCUCAAGGAAUGUUCAAGGAAGGUUGUCUUUGUUCCAACAGGUGACAAUGUGGUCAAAAUGAGUCUGCCUUUAAGUGUAUUAAAGCAAAAGGCACUAUCACAUGAUCUUACCGCUGAAAACAUUUGGAUGAUGAGUUUGGUUGACCGUUACAAGAAUAGGCCAGACAAUGCUGUGUUUACUGACAUGUGCCUGGCAACUUUUGCUUCUGAAUAUCGUAUUCUGAGCAAAAACGAGAAAUCGCAACUACAGAUUAGAUUGAAAAAUGAUUGUGGAUUUGUCACGAAAAGAAUUAGAACACAGCCUGCUGUUGUUCGGUACAUGCGCUUUUCAAAGACAAAAAAUCCAGAAUUAUUUUAUCGUAGUAUCAUGCAGUUGUUCCUUCCCUAUCGUGCAGAUGCGCAACUUAAACCUCCCAAAUGUGAAACUUUUGAACAGUUUUACAAUAAUGGCCAAGUAAAGUUUUUCGAUGGGUCCAGACAUCCGGUCAAGUUUGUUGUUGACACCAAUAGAAGCAAAUUUGAACUUGAAGCAGAUCAGCUGGAUGACUUUCAAAAGUCAGUUGAAAGCAAUGGUGAACUGGAAGAUGCCUGGUGUGAGUUGUGUCCUGAGCAGGAAUUAGAGCGUUUAGAGACUCUGCAAUUGAGGACCCAACAAGAACAGCCAGAUGUGGAACUUUUAGAAUGUAUUCCUGAAUUAGCAGUCAAUUGCCCACAAAUUUCCCAUUUAGAAAAGAGAAACAUCUUGUCGAGAAAAGAUGGUUUGGCAUUGAUUCGGUCUUUGAAUGAUACACAACGUUGUAUUUUUUAUAAUAUUCGACAGUGGUGCAUUCAAAAAGUAAUAGGGGAAAAACCAGCACCACUACAUGUAUUCAUUACGGGUGGUGCUGGUACUGGAAAAAGCCAUUUAAUCAAGGCCAUCCAGUAUGAGGCAACAAGAUUGUUGUCUACUGUGUGUAGUCAACCUGAUAGCAUGUGUGUUUUAUUAACAGCUCCCACAGGUAUUGCUGCUUUUAAUCUUCAGGCAUCAACAAUUCAUGCCACCUUUAGCAUAGGAAAGGAUGUACGCUUACCGUAUACUCCUUUGGGUGAAGAGAAGUUAAAUUCUCUACGCGCCAAAUACAAUGAUCUGAAGAUCCUAAUCAUUGAUGAGAUCUCCAUGGUAGAUCACAGGUUGUUAACGUACAUCCAUGGGAGACUGAGACAAAUUAAACAAACUGGUGAUUUUUCACCAUUUGGAAAUGUCAGUGUCCUUGCUGUAGGGGACUUUUACCAGCUGCCUCCCGUUAAAGGGAAACCCCUGUAUGUUACUGACCCAGGUGUUGACCUAUGGUCCUCUUUAUUUAAGGUUGUGGAACUGAACACUGUUGUUCGGCAGCAAGAUCAGUUGUUUGCAAAGUUAUUGAACAGAAUCAGAACUCGGUCCAAAGAAACUCCAAUGCUACUCAGUGAUAUUGAGACACUUAAGCACUGUGAAAGUGGUGAAGUCAGCUCAGCAUUGCAUAUCUUCCCGACAAAUAAACAAGUAAAUCAACACAAUCUUCAGGAGUUAUUCAGGACUUGCCCUGAAUAUGUUAAAGUAGAAGCUCAAGAUUUUGUUCACAACAAGAAAACGGGAAAUCUCGAGUUGAUUAGUGGACAUCAUGCGAAGGCAUAUAACACAUGUUUGGAGGAAACUCUACUAUUGGGAAUAAAUGCACGUGUUAUGUUGUGCAAGAAUGUGGAUGUUGUGGAUGGUCUAGUAAAUGGGGUGUGUGGCACUGUGACGCAUAUCAUAACCUCAGACAACAGCUUUCCUCAAAGGGUGUAUGUCAAGUUUGAUAAAGAUCAGGUUGGUUCACAGAGGAGGAAACAAUCAGCUACUGCUUCUGUUGAUCUGAUGGCCUCUACAUACAUAGAGCCAGAAGAGGAAAAGGUCACUAGUAAAGGUGGAUUACGUCGACAAUUUCCACUUAAACUGGCUUGGGCUUGUACAGUACAUAAAGUACAGGGCCUAACAGUAGACAGUGCUGUGGUGUCUUUGAAUAAAAUAUUUUCAGCAGGACAAGCAUAUGUGGCGUUAAGCCGCGUGAGAAGCUUGUCUGGAUUAAUUAUUCAAGACUUUGCAGAGGAACACAUUUAUUGUAAAAACAACAUUAAGGAGGCAAUUCAGAGAAUGCCUCCUUUUUUUGUUGAAUCCGCACCAAGUCAACCACAUACCUUCUCUGUGUUUUUGAUGAAUGUGCAAGGACUGAUUGAGCAUGCGCCAGAUUUAGCUAUAUGCACAGAGCACUUACAGCCUAACUGUAUUGCGGUAACAGAAACAUGGCUACCAAACCUUCCAGCAUCUGAGAUCAUAAAGGUUGAUGGCUAUCGUUUUCACAGCUGUCCACGAACUUUAUCAUAUUCUGGCAAUAAUCCUCUGUUUAUAAAUUUGCAAUCCCAACAACAUGGAGGUGUUGGCGUAUUUAGUGCAAAUGAUGUCACCUUUGACAUAAUUCAGGUACCACAUUUCAAUUUGGAGUGUGCAGUCAGCAAAUAUGGUCAUCACGAUAUAUUAGUUGCUGUCAUUUAUCGACCUCCAUCUUAUCACAUGUCUUUGUUUAAAGAGCACCUCAGCAGGUUAUUUGAUUUGUUAGAGCCACUAAGUAACACCAUUGCUGUCAUGGGUGAUUUUAAUGAAGACAUUCUAAAGUCCUCCAGCGUCUGUAAAUUUGCUGAAGAUAGGGGGUACGUUCAACUAGUCACACAGCCCACAACAGAAAGAGGCACAUUGAUUGACCAUGUGUAUGUAAAAACAACACAGUAUGAGGUUGAGACUUCAGUUGUGCCUACCUACUUUAGUGACCAUGAGGGCAUUGUUUGCCAUUUUAGGGACAAAAAUAAGUGAAGUAAUGAAAUAUUUAUAUGUAAAUUGUUAUUUAUAUAAGUGUAAAAUGAAGUAUAUGAAAAACGGCGGGUUCUUUUUCCCUACAUGACAACAGCAAUGAUCAAUAUGCUGUUGUAUUGUAGGUUUUGC